AUGGCAUUCGUGUUGAUCCCAACAUUGAAACUGGUAUAUGGCCAAAGAGGAUACUGCCGAAAAGAGAGUAGUCUUCACUGUGCAUUUAAAUGCCUUUGUACGUGGCACGAAGCUCGACAACAAGCAUUGGCCCAAAAUAUAGCACGCACAUCAUACGUGGAAAUUCUUAAUGCAAUUCUCUCAGAAGAAACAGGAUUAAAAUUGAGAGAAGAUAAUGAAUGCAUCGAAGGGCACUUAAGAAGAGAAUGUGGUCAAAUAGUAAGGAAAUCUUCUGAAAAAUGUGGAUCGAGUCACCGAAAGCUUUUCAAGAAAGAACUGAAGCUUGCGGUUCAAUUUGAUGAUUUGGCAUCAAUGGCUGAGCUAGAGAAGAAACUGGCCUCCAAACUGCUCAAGAAUAAGGACUUGGAGAAACGCUGUGAAGAUUUGGUCAAGGAACUGUUUAAAGCACAGGAUGCGGAGAGAAUGGCAAGCAAAAAUUUUGCCAGAGCAGAAGAAAUUGCUAACCUGAAAAAUGAAAAUCGAAAUCUUCACGACUAUCUUGAAGAGUCUUGGUCAAAACGUGGGAUUUUCUAA